UGACCCGCUCGCUUCCUCGCAGCGGUGAUGCUGAUGGAGUGUUUUCGCUCGCGGUGCUGGAGUUGUGAUGGGUCUUCUGGAGUUCCGCUCUGAUCGUCAUGCUUCCCGGGGUCCUUUACGCGCUGCUGGCGGGUUUUCUCGGCGCGGUCGCGUCCUCCUCCGCCAAACUGUCUCUCGGCACCGACUACCUGAAGGGCGUGUGUGAGACAGGUCUGCGGACGUGGGGCGAGCAGAGGAAAUUCACGCAGCAGAACGACACGAGCGCCUGCGACUGGCUGCACAUCCCUCUCCGACUGCUGUGUGGAGGUCUGCUGUUCACCUGUAACGCUGUGAUGUGGACGUUCCUGGCCAAAGCUCUCCGCAGCUCGUGCUCCUCCACCCGCACCACUGUGACCACCACCGCCUCUAACUUCAUCUCGUCUGCGUUUCUGGGGCAGCUAAUAUUCGGGGAGACGCACAUGGCCCUGUGGUGGGUGGGCAUCUCUCUUACUCUCUCUGGUCUUCUGGUGCUUCAUCACACGUCGCCCAACCUCACCCAAUCACACGCCAGCAAGAGAGAAUGACGCCGCCACGCGUUAACGUGCAUGCGCGAUGACUGCUGCAUUAUUAGAUGAGUCAGUGUGUUUUAGAAACAUAUCAGAAAAACACUAAUAUCAUCGUUAUUCGAACUGUAUUGUAGUUUUU